AAAUCGGCAAACAGAAACAAUCACCAUUUGAUAUUGCUGAAUUUUAUAAAAAGUUAACCUUCGAUAUAAUUUGUAAAACAGCCUUUGGAAUUCAGACAAAUGUGCAGAACGAAGAGACAAGUACAUUUGUUCAAUCCAUCUAUGGUAUACUGGAAGUUGAUUCGACCGAUUUAUUGACUUCAUUAUCAAUGUGUUUUCCUGAAAUGGAGCCGGUUCCUACAUACAUGAGAAUGAUUUUAGAUAGAAUCAAAUAUGUAAUUAAUUAUCCAUCUAGUAGGUUGGCAGUUGAUAUGUGCCGACAAAUAGUCCUUUCAAGAAAAACAUCUGAUUAUCAUCCACCAGAUCUCUUGCAAAUCAUGAUUGAUGCCGAAGGUGAAGCGGAUGGUGUUGUAAAGAAGCUUUCAACGGACAGUAUUGUCGCGAAUGCUGUUUUAUUUAUGGUAGCUGGGUAUGACACUACAAGUACUAUGUUAGCUUGGUGCACCCAUUAUUUGGUUAAAUAUCCUGAAAAACAAGAAAAAAUUCGUCAGGAGAUUAACGAAAACAUAGAAAAUAAU